AUGGCGUCGGGAUACGACAGAGCUCUGUCAGUUUUCAGCCCCGAUGGACACGUGUUCCAGGUCGAAUAUGCGGGCGAGGCCGUAAAACGAGGUACCUGCGCUGUUGGCGUCAAGGGCCAAGAUGUGGUGGUGCUAGGCUGCGAGAAGAGGUCGGCGAUGAAGCUGCAAGACACGCGGAUCACGCCGUCCAAAAUCGGCCUCAUUGACACGCACGUGUGCCUGGCCUUUGCCGGGCUCAACGCCGACGCCCGCAUCCUGGUGGACAAGGCGCGGUUAGAAGCCCAGUCGCACCGCCUCAACCUCGAAGACCCUGUGACGAUCGAGUACAUCACCAAGUACGUGGCCGGUGUGCAGCAGCGGUACACACAGAGCGGAGGCGUCCGGCCCUUUGGCAUCAGCACCCUCAUCGUCGGCUUUGACAACGGCAGCAUCACCCCGAGACUGUACCAGACCGAGCCGUCGGGCAUCUAUUCCGCGUGGAAAGCCAAUGCGAUCGGCCGUUCUAGCAAGACAGUCCGUGAGUUUUUGGAGCGAAACUACAAGGAAGACAUGGAUCGCGAGGCUACGGUCCGGCUUGCCAUCAAGUCGCUGUUGGAAGUCGUUCAGACGGGCGCCAAGAACAUUGAGAUCGCCAUCAUGGCCCCUGGAAAGCCCAUCGAGAUGCUGCCGGUGGAGGAUAUCGAGGGCUACGUCAAGAACAUUGAGCAGGAGAAGCAGGAGGAGGCUGCCAAGAAGAAGACGGGCAGAACUCCGGGUCAGGGGAGCGCGGCUAUACUGACCCGGAGCCAGGAUGAACCUUAG